AUGGUGGCCCUUAAUGGGCCGGACCACAUUGAGCCUGGAGAGGGCCCGCUGCAGAAUAACAACAGGAUAAUCGAACAGGAUGGACUCAAUGACCUUUUGGAAUUUUUCUGCACGGGGAGCGAUGGAUUCUUCGCCCUCUUUCGGGGUCUCAAGGCGAGCAUCGCGGGAAAUUUUACUUCCUACCUGAUGGAGGCAGCUAUGGCGGCGAUGGGUCUGGAAACUCGCAAACUCACCCAUACGACUGGGACUUCUGUGAAGGAUGUCUCAUGGAACUUGCUAGUCAGAAGCAUCCGAUUGACCUUGAAUCUGGUCGUCACGCAGCCGUUUACUGUAGUCUUGACUCGCCAGAUCGCCCAGUUUAUAGGUUGCGAAAACGUCUACAAAACUAUGGGCCAAACCAUCUUCAAGAUAUUCACCGAAGAAGGCGUGGCCGGUUUCUACGCCGGCUUUGUGCCCCGCCUGCUGCGCAAUAUAGGCAUCAUGGCAGUCACCACUGUCGCGACGGCUCUCUUCUUCCACUAUGGGCCGCAACACAGCACCAUUCAGGUACUCAACGAGGUAAUAGUCAAUAUUUCGUCCUCGUACGCUCUGCACCCGUUGUCAGUGGUGGGCACCUGUAUGGAUGUUCAAGGGUCCCCCUUGGCUGCUGCAAUGCCGUCUCAAAUGCCGCACUAUGAACACUGGACUAAGUGCUUCUAUGAUAUAUAUCAAGGUAGUGGAUUCUACCACCGUGGGGGCGUUCUUUUCUGGCGUACGGUGCCUGUCAAGGGGCUGCAUGACUUGAUGGGACGCCCGAAAUAA